AUGUUCCUUUUUCUGGAGCUUUCCAAAGUUUUCCUCACGGGAGAAAAAGCCAAUGCAGUAUUAAAACGCUACCGAAGAGCUAAUGGAUUUCUGGAAGAAAUAAGACAAGGAAACAUUGAACGUGAAUGCAAAGAAGAAAUCUGCACAUUUGAAGAAGCAAGAGAGGCUUUUGAAAAUAAUGAAAAAACUAAGGAGUUUUGGAACACCUACACAAAGGCGCACCAGGGAGAGAGUCACAGAGGAAGUGACUGGUUUCAGUUUUACCUGACCUUUCCGUUAAUCUUUGGCCUCUUCAUCAUCCUCCUUGUCAUUUUUCUAAUCUGGAGAUGCUUUCUGAGAAACAAAACUCGAAGACAGACAGUGACUGAGGGCCACAUCCCUUUUCCUCAGCACCUUAAUAUCAUCACUCCUCCUUCCCAACCAGAUGAAAUGUAUGAUAACAGCGGGCUGUCUCCAGGCUUUCUGGAAUAUGUAGUUGGCCGCUCAGAUUCCAUCUCCACCCGCCUGUCUAACUGCGACCCCCCACCGACCUAUGAGGAGGCCACUGGUCAGGUGACCCUUCGCAGAAGUGAAACAGAACCUCAUUUAGACCCACCUCCAGAGUACGAGGACAUUGUCAACUCCAACUCAGCCAGUGCCAUUGCAAUGGUGCCUGUGGUCACCACCAUCAAAUGA